GAAUGUACAAUGGCUACGUUAACGGUUAUAGAAAUACAAUCGUUUUCGCUUACAUUAAGUAAAUAUACAAAUAAUAUACAAAUAUCUUUUUAAUUCAAAAUUAAAUUCUAGUGUCGCAACAUCGUAAGAAUUUACGUCAAGUCUCAGGCUUUAGGUACAUUCAUUCAUGUUUAAACUCUCUGACCCUGGAAGAAAUUGAUAAUGUGUCAAUGGACAUACCAAAAUAAAGAAAAAAUGUCAAGGUGCAUAUUUGUAUAACUUAUCUGUGGGUAUACGCGGAUGUGGAUAGCAUUGACUCAUAUUGAUAUUUGUAAACAAACUGCUCAAAAUAUUGGGUAUAAAUUGGCAGAAAAUUCUACACCAACCAGACAUUUUACAAACCAGCAAGACUAUUUUUCUCAAUUGCUUUCAUAAUUAUUUUCUGCAUUAGUUACGCAAACGCUGUAAAAACUUUCUUUGAACAUUUUAGUUGCUUAAAUACUCUGAUCUAAAAGAGGUAAGUUGGUUUUGUUUUGUAUUAUCAUCUUAUAUCAUUUUAGAUUGAAAAUUCAAAGUUUUAAUUUUCAUAUAAAUUAUAGAUAUGUAUAUUUAACUAAGUUGUCUAACUCUUGUGAAUAAAAUCUGUAAAAAGAUCCUGAAAGUUGGGUAUAUGCAUACGUUAGUAUAAUUUUCGAUUAUUUUCAGAUUACAAGAAAUGAGGUGUGCAAUAAUGAAAUCAAUUCUCCCAACCUGCUUAAUACUCAUAUAUCACGUGAUACAAAGUAAUGGUCAUGGUCGCCUGGUGGAGCCACCGUCUAGAUCAAGCAUGUGGCGAUAUGGAUUCCAAACACCUGUCAACUACGACGAUAAUCAACUUUUCUGUGGAGGUUAUGAUGUUCAGUGGCAUCAAAAUGGCGGACGAUGUGGAGUUUGCGGAGAUCCUUUUAAUGGACGUCGAGAUAACGAAGCUGGUGGCAAGUAUGCAACCGGAACCAUUUCACGCCAUUACACGGAAGGUCAGACGAUUACAGUCACUCUUGAUAUCACAACCAAUCAUGGAGGAUACUUUGAAUUUCAUAUCUGUCCAAACAAUAACCCAACCAGACCAGCUACAGAAUCUUGUUUGGACAUGAACAUUUUAAGACAACCAAAUGGAGACACAAAAUGGCAUCUUCCGCAAGGAACUAAGAAGUUUUCAUUGAAUCUCGUUUUACCACGUGGUCUAACAUGUUCGCAAUGUGUCAUGCAGUGGAAAUGGAAUACAGCAAGCAACUGGGAUUGUGACAGUAACAACAAUUGUUGUAAAGGUUGCGGUCCGCAAGAACAAUUUUAUGGCUGCGCAGACGUUUCUAUUGCUUCAUCGGGUGCGAGCAUUAAUAACAACGUCCAGUCUGGAUAUGGCGGUGUUCAAGUUGGAGCUAUUUUGCCUGGAACGGCUAGACCGGGAUUUAUACCUAUUGACAGCAAUAGUUUGAACGCAGGAAUCAACAAUAAAUGCGAAGCUACGGCUGCUUGGAAAACACGAUAUAUUUUUGCUGACCAGUGGUGCAAGACACAGUGUAUGGCAGGAAACUGUCCUGUACAAUACUGUAAAGAUGCAUGCAAAUACUUAUAAGGUGGUUGUAGCACAUCUAGAUUUAAGUAUACAACUUGAACUUGCCUUCACGAAAACAUGUGUUAAACAGUCGCUUGCCUUAAGUAGCCAUUUAGCUAACUGUAUAAAAUGACUUUUUAUUUUAAUUUCAAGUUGUCUUAAGCAGCCAUCUGCCUAGAACAGCAAAAUUGAGUCCAUCCCUUGGCGGCUACUUUAUACAAUUUUUACUGUAUUAAAGAAUCUUACAAAAGUAGUGAUCGUUUACAAAUGAUUUGAACACAAUUGUAUGAAAACUAUGUGUCAUGGAUAUUGUCUGAUUUACAUAUUUUAUUUAUUUUGUCAUUUUGCCGUAUGUAUCUUAUUAUUUCUAUUUUACAACUUUUACAGUAUUUUUUAAUAA